AAUAAAACGAAUCUUUCAAACUUUCUCGGAGACAUCAAGCAGAGAAUUCCACCACCACCACCACCACCACCACCACCACCACAAUGACUCCGAUUGAAAACGGUGGCGGAAAAACCAAAACCACCACCACCACUCCAAACUCCAACCACCAAAGAACCAGUAAGCGAGGACCAGUACCAGGACCUCAAUAUCAUCAUAAACAUCUACAGCCAUUGAUCCCAUUGGUAAUCUCAUCAACAUCAGUAAUCAAUUCAUUUGUAUCUCAAAACGAUCUUCAUCUUCAUCCUUCUCAAACCCUAACCCUAGAAGCUAAACUAUCCUCGAUUACUCUUUCAAUCAAUCGGCUCAAUUCUGUUAUCCAGAAACAACAACAAGAAAACCCUAGUUCUAUUCCUAAAACCCUAAAAUCACACAAAUCCAAAUCUAAAACCGUAAAAUCCCCAAUUUCUCCUCCGGUGGUUGAUGAAUUCAAAUCACCGCCGCCUGCAUCUCCAUCUCCGUCGCCCGAGGUAGCUAACAACGAUGUGUUUCAAUCGGAUUGUUGGUUUCAGAGGUUUUUGUCUGCGGAGUCGGAUCAAUCUGAUUCGAGAUGGAUUGAAGCUUUUCGAAUGACGAAAACUUCGUUUAUUCUAUUGCUGCAGACUUUAGCUCCGUCGUUGCAGAAUUAUUCGAAUACGAAGAUUCCACCUGAUUAUAUGCUUGCUUCUGCGCUUUUUCGAUUAGCUCAUGGUUCUUCUUUUAAAUCUGUUGGCAUAAGAUUUGGGAUUGAUUCUGCGGUGGCAUGUCGGAGUUUUUAUGAGGUAAUUCGAGCUGUUAAUGAUCGAUUAGGACAUUUUUUUGAGUUUUCUCCGAAUGAUUUGAGUAGGAUUAUUGUAGGGUUUGGUUGGAUUUCAUUGCCGAAUUGUUGCGGUGUUUUGGGGUUUAGUAGAUUUGGUUUUGAAUCAGCUGGGGGUUUGGGUGGCGAUGAGGCAAUUUUAGUACAGUGUCUGGUUGAUUCAGAAGGUAGAUUUUUAGAUGUUUCAUCUGGUUGGCCUAAUAAUAUGAAUCCAUCUGCGAUUUUAAAUCAUUCGAAACUGUAUACUAGGGUAGAAGAAGCGAAGGAUUUUUUGAAUGGUCCUUCAUUUGAAUUUCAUGAUGGUAAUUCGAUACCGCAGUAUAUAUUAGGUGAUUCUUGUUGCCCGUUAUUGCCAUGGCUUUUAACACCUUAUCUGAAGGAUGGUGAUGGUGUUGAUAGUGAGAAUAAUUCUCCAUCUUUAGUUCAAGUUUAUAAUUCUGUUCAUAAUCGAGGAAUGAAAUUAGUCGACACAGCAUUUAGAAGCGUUCGAGCUAGAUGGAGACUUCUUUCGACCAAGUGGAAAGAGGAAUCGAUUGAGCCGUAUCCAUAUGUUAUUGUUGCUGCUUGUUUGCUGCAUAAUUUUCUCUUGAACUGUAGCGAACCAUUGCCAAAUGAAUUCAUGGGUGAGUAUGAUAUGGAGCCAGAGGAGUUCCCUGUUUUUGGAGGGAAGGGCGAUGAGAAUGCACAGAGGGUCAGAUAUACACUUGCUUUGCAAUUGGCAAUGGCUAGUCAGAGCGUCUGAAACUAUGAAUGCUAAUUGUGAAUAACCGGUUACGGUACUUGCCUUUUCUUUUUCUUUCUUUUUUUUUGGCUUUUUGAAGUUGGUAUAGGUAAUGUAGGUUUGUAUAUGCAAUGCUUAGUUGAUAGGUUCCUGACUUGUUCUUUUAUUCAAAAUUUAAUUUGUUAGCAUCUGCCUUCUCUCUUUUCUU